GCUGUUGGGAGAUGAGGGAGAGAGGAGGAAGCGAGGGCUUGAGAAGUAACCGCUGUACAUCGCAACUGAAUGCUUGUUCCAGGCCGUCGAAGUAGCUGCAAUACCUACAGUAUGAGCCGCUGUCACUGGCCCAUGAGUGGAGAAAUUUGACUUAUAACUGGUUCUGUUUCCAGCCUCCGGAAUCCUGUCACUGGCCGGGCCUAGGGAAUGUUUCGCACAACCUAAAGCCUGAAUCGGGGAAAACUAUCGCCUUCUAUUUCUUGAUGGGUCAAGAGUCUGGAAAGUCAGCCUGGCCCAGACCAGCAGGAGGUUAUCAGACUAUCACUGGAAGAAGAUAUGGGAGAAGGCAUGCUUAUAUUAGCUUUCGCCCUUCUAUUUCCAAGUCGUGGAACCACUUAAAAGAAAAUGAGCACCAAUGGGAAGAAAUGGAGCUAAACACUGUUUCAAAAGAUAAUGGUUUAUCUUCCAGUAGAAUCUUAACAACAAAAGAACUUCUGCCGCAGUGCACAGCGUGUGACCUAACUAUGGAUGCUAAAAGCAAUGCAGGUUGUGAACCUCAGAAAGAGAAUAGGUUUUUGCCAUCCUCUCUGAACCAAAGACUUUUUCAAUGUGAGUCCAACGACUUUGCUUUGCCCAGUUCUGCAGAGCCAUUAGACAAUUAUUCAGGUAGCCAAAGUACAGGGUCCUCCAAGUGGUCAAUUCCUAAUGAUUUUUUUGAGACUGAUUCCAGAAGUCCAACUGGCAUUGGUUUUGUAAAUAUUGAUUCUUAUGAACCAGAAAGCAGUGAAGGAGAGGAUGAAGAUUCAAACAUUCAAGCAUCUUUACAAAAAGAAGGAAAACUUCAGAAAAGGUUGGAUACCAUGCUUUCAGAGUUGGAGAAAGGCGUUGACUAUCUUAAUGGGCUACAGUCGUAUCUCUCAGCUGUAAUGCACGAUGGGAACAGCUCACAGAUUGAGUUGCCAUGCUCUUUGGCACUGGACAAUUUGACUUCUGCAGAUAUUGCUGUUAAAGGACAUCAAACAGAAUUGAAAGAGCAUAGGAAAACAUUACCAGCUGUGGGAAGUAUGGAAGAAAUUAAUAGCUAUGUCAAGAUGGAGGAUGUAAAAGAAAAAAGAGAAAGAAAUCUUGAUAAAGCCUCACUGAAUGUUCAAACAGAAGGGACCAUUUUUCGUUGUAUGACAGAGGAACCAAGCUCCUCAGAAAUGGUAGUAAGACCAAAAGUUAGAAAGGAAAGAAUUGAAACCCAUUCUAAAAGAGAUCAGCCUUCCCCCGACGAGUUUUAUAGUUAUUGUACUGGGGAUAUGAAAGCUAACUCAAGAAAUGAGUGCUGUGGAUCAAAUUGUGCCUUGUGGAACUGCAGAAAUAAGCUCCAUAUAGAUUCAAAGAUCGGAUCUGGACUUAAUGGCAAGGAAACAACUUGUGUUCAGAAGGAACAGGCCACCAUCCAACUAAAAGAAACACUGGAAGAAAACAGCUUCUGGGAUGACUUUGAAAAUUAUUGUAACAAAGGUGAAACGAGCAGCUCUCUAAGCAGUGAUGAGGAGUGGUCAGCAAUAUGGACCUCUGAUUUCGUUUUAGAACAAAUGCAUUCUAGUGAUGAGAGCUGGGAGACCUUGUCAGGAGUUGAUGAACAACAAACCGAACCGAACAGCAUUAGUAGCAGUCUGGAUGAAGAAGCUUUUAAGCAUAGCUACACCGUAGGGGAACAAACCUCUUUGGAAGAAGGAGAGAUCCCCUGGGUAGCAUUUAAUGAAGAAAGUGACAGCAGCAGCAAUAGUACUGAUGAGACCGAAGGCUUGGGUCAACUUGCACAUUCGGGACUUCUAAUCCUGGAUGAUAACAACAACUUUGAAGAUGAUUCGAGUGUAAGUGAAGACUUGGACAUGGAAUGGAGAUUGCUUGACGAACUUGGUGAAGGACUUACAGCUCAAGCUAUUUCGUCUGUUGAUCCACAACUUCUUACCUUUAUGGCUCUGGAAGAGCGCUUGGCUCAAGCAAUGGAGGCUGCUUUAGCGCACCUUGAGUCUCUGGCCAUAGAUGGUGAGCAAGCUCCCCCUCCAGCUCCCAAGGAAACAAUUGAAUGCUUACCUCAAGUUUCAAUUUCUGAGGGGCAUAACGGCCUGGAGCAAUCCUGUGCCAUCUGUUGCAGCGAAUAUGUGAAGGAAGAGUUGGUGACGGAGUUACCAUGUCAUCAUCUAUUUCAUAGGCCAUGUGUAACCCUCUGGCUACAGAAGUCUGGGACAUGUCCAGUGUGUCGUCACAUUCUAACAUCAACACUUCCAGAAACUGCUACCACUGCAUUUUUAUCAGAACCAGAGAUCCCUCCUUCUACCCGUGAUGGUCCUGCAAUACGAUAGAGCCGAAGUUCUACCAAUGAACGUUGAAGGGAACUGCACUAUUUAAAUGGGAGCAGAAAGUAUGAAAAAUAUGUUUGUGAUUUUACUUCUAGGCUUAUUUUGGUAAAAGGCUGAUAAAACUGUCUUACUACUGGUGAGGUGUUUAAUUCUGCAUUAUAAUUAUAGUAAAAAACUUCAUUAAUGGUUGUAUUUUUGUGACAGAAAAUUAGAUCUUUUUCAUAGUUGUUAAUAUAAGGGGGCUGGAUUUAUGACGUGUUUGAUUUUGUUUUGUCUGUUCAAAUGAAAUUCUGAAUGGGCUUUUUGGUUAAAAAUAUAUCAUGUAUUUUGACACUGAUAUCUGUAUUUGCACAGAAAGCUUAGGGCACGAAUGUAUUAAUUUAAUGUUGGAAGUUAAUUCUAAGGUUUUUGUUUUGUUUUGUCUAAUGCAGUAACACACUGACUUUACAUAGGGUGAUGGAGCGUGAGGAAGUUGUCUUAAUUCCAUGGGAUAAAAAAGUUUAGUUUCUUUCAAUGUGACCAGAACAGUGACCAUAAAUGAAGACAUCAUCUGAUUUCACAACAGUAUUGAGAUUUGUUUCACCUCCAAUAAACUGCAUUAUUAAAAUUG